CAGGGCAGGAGACGAGCCAGCGGGCGGGCGGGACCGGGCGCGGCGCGGUGAGAGGGGUCCACAGAAACGCACGCCCCCGGAGACUCGCAGGAGCUCCAGGAGCCCCGGACAGGGCUGCGCCUGCGGGCAGCUGCAGGAUGCGGGCCCCGGGUGCGGGCGCGGCCUCCGUGGCCUCCUGGGCGCUGCUCUGGCUGCUGGGGCUGCCGUGGACCUGGAGCGCGGCGGCGGCCCUCGGCGUCUACGUGGGCGGCGGCGGCUGGCGCUUCCUCCGGAUCGUGUGCAAGACCGCGCGGCGCGACCUUUUUGGCCUCUCCGUGCUGAUCCGCGUGCGCCUGGAGCUGCGACGCCACCAGCGCGCCGGCCACACGGUGCCGCUCAUCUUCCAGGCCGUGGCGCGGCGGCAGCCCGAGCGCCUGGCGCUGGUGGACGCGGGCAGCGGCGCGCGCUGGACCUUCGAGCAGCUGGACGCCUACUCCAACGCCGUGGGCCACCUCUUCCGCCAGUUCGGCUUCGGCCCGGGCGACGUGGUGGCGCUCUUCGCGGAGGGCCGGCCCGAGUUCGUGGGGCUGUGGCUGGGCCUGGCCAAGGCGGGCGUGGUGGCUGCGUUGCUGAACGUGAACCUCCGGCGUGAGCCGCUGGCCUUCUGCCUGGGCACCUCGGGCGCCAAGGCCCUGGUCUACGGCGGGGAGCUGGCGGCGGCCGUGGCAGAGGUGAGCCCGCAGCUGGGCAAGAGCCUCGUGAAGUUCUGCUUGGGAGCCACGGGGCCCGACGCUGUGCCGCCGGACACGCAGCUCCUGGACCACCUGCUGUCCGAGGCCUCCACCGCCCCGCUGCCACCCGCCCCCAGCGCGGGCAUGGACGGCCGGCUGUUCUACAUCUACACGUCCGGGACCACAGGGCUUCCCAAGGCCGCCAUCAUUGUGCACAGCAGGUACUACCGCAUCGCCGCCUUUGGCCACCACGCCUACCGCAUGCGGGCAACCGACGUCUUGUACGACUGCCUGCCGCUGUACCACUCGGCAGGCAACAUCAUGGGCGUGGGCCAGUGCCUGCUCUACGGGAUGACCGUGGUCCUCCGCAAGAAGUUCUCGGCCAGCCGCUUCUGGGAUGACUGCGUCCAGUAUGACUGCACGGUGGUGCAGUACAUCGGGGAAAUCUGCCGCUACCUGCUCAGGCAGCCGCUGCGCGAGGCCGAGCGCCGCCACCGCGUGCGCCUGGCUGUGGGGAACGGGCUGCGUCCCGCCCUCUGGGAGGAGUUCGCGCAGCGCUUUGGGGUGCGGCAGAUCGGGGAGUUUUACGGCGCCACGGAGUGCAACUGCAGCAUCGCCAACAUGGACGGCAAGGUCGGCGCCUGCGGCUUCAACAGCCGCAUCCUCCCGCUUGUGUACCCGAUCCGACUGGUGAGGGUGGACGAGGACUCCCUGCAGCCGCUGCGGGACGCGCGCGGCCUCUGCGUGCCCUGCGAGCCCGGCGAGCCCGGCCUCCUCGUGGGCCAGAUCGACCAGCAGGACCCCCUGCGCCGCUUCGACGGCUACGUCAGCGAGAGCGCCACGCGCCAGAAGAUCGUGCACAGCGUGUUCCGCAGGGGCGACCGCGCCUACCUGUCAGGUGACGUGCUGGUGAUGGACGAGCUGGGCUACAUGUACUUCCGGGACCGCGGCGGGGACACCUUCCGCUGGCGAGGAGAGAACGUGUCCACCACGGAGGUGGAGGCUGUGCUGAGCCGCCUGCUGGGCCAGACGGACGUGGCCGUCUACGGGGUGGCGGUGCCAGGGGUCGAAGGGAAAGCGGGCAUGGCAGCCAUCGCUGACCCCCAGGCCCGGCUGGACCCUAACGCCCUGCACCAGGAGCUGCAGAAGGUGCUGGCUCCGUACGCCCGGCCCGUCUUCCUGCGCCUCCUGCCCUGCGUGGACACCACAGGCACCUUCAAGAUCCAGAAGACGAGACUGCAGCACGAGGGCUUCGACCUGCGCCGGAUCUCCGACCGCCUCUUCUUCCUGGACCCGCAGCAGGGCGCCUACGUUCCCCUGGACGAGGGCGUCCACAUGCGCAUCUGCUCGGGGGCCUCGGGCCUCUGAGCCCGGCCGAGCCUCGCCCUGGGGUCGCUCGCCCACCUGGCCGAGGUGCACGGGGCGGGGCUGAGAGCCUGGACCCCCCAGGAACCCCCGUCUGCCCCUCCCCGCCCUGUCCGGCCUCGUCCCUCCCCAGUCACCCUGUCAUCACCAGCUCCCUCCACGCGGUGCCUUAAGAGCCCCAGUCCGGCCCCCCAUGGCUGCUGGGUGCCAGCCAUUGUCACUCCGUCCCGGUGCCCUCAGCCCAGCCCAGCGAGGACCCCCCUGGGGUCAACCAGAAACUCCGCUGGGCAGAGCCAGGUGCCUUCUGCACUGUGCUGUCCUGGGCCCCGCCUUCUCCAUGCCCUGGAAGCUUCCAGAAUGCACUGUGGUCUCCAGGGAGUCUGGCCACCCAUGUGGUUCGCCCGUGUGGACGGAAGCUCCUGGGCGUCUGGCCCCAUCCCACCCGGCUGGAGGAGCCCAGGGGCUCUGGCCGCCACAGUGCCCCGCUGUGGCAGCGCCUGGACAUGGGCGCCGGCCCCGCAAGGCUCGGACACGGACACGGACGCUGGGCUCGGACGGGGAUGCCGACCUGGGACACAGACGCUGGGCACGGACAGGGAUCUGAGAGCGGACAUGGACGCUGUGCUCAGACACGGACGCCGGCCCGGGACACGGACGCUAGGCUCAGACGCGGACGCUGGGCUCGGACACGGACCCCGGCCUGGCCUGGCCGGCACAGGACGGGGUCGGCAGCGAGUGGCCGCGCGGUCCCCUGUGAAGUCCGCCUACCUGCGAGGUCUUUGUCUUCUGGCUAGUUUUCAGAAAUAAACCUACAGCGUCCGC